AUGAUAUACAAGAUGCGGCGACGAAAGAGCCAGUCUCAGGACGCGAGUGAAGAUGAGCCGGACGAUGAGAAACCCUUCCUCAGUCAAAAUGAUCGAAUGGAGUCACAGCCCACCCCAUAUGAAAAUGAUAAUGCACAAUUACCGCUUCGGAAAGGUCAGUCUCGAGCCCGAGGUGUCAAGACUGGCGGAUGGAUCAACAGUCGGGCUGUCGUGUCUCAUCUUAUCUGCUCAUGUCUAGUUGCCCUCGCUUUCUACAUCUUCGACCCUUUCUCUCGGUCGAGGCCGGUCGAAGAGCGGCUUGACGAGCAGUUCCCAAUCAACUCGACUAUCCCACCUCGUGAUUGGUACCUAGCCCCAUUUACCUUUGACCCACUCCCUCUGGGAUCGAUAAAGCCUGAAGGUUGGCUGAAAGAUCAAUUGACGUUGAUGUCACAUGGCCUAGUUGGACAUCAAUGGGACUUCUACCCCAUCGUCAAGAACUCCCCGUGGAUCGGUGGCCAUAGCGAGUACUCGCCUCUCAACGAGGGGCUUCCGUAUUGGUAUAACGGACUUGUCCCCUUAGCUUACGCGAUGGAUGAUCCGAGAUUACAUGAGCAGGUGCUCAAUGCAACCCGGCAGAUCCUCGAAGUUCAAUGGCCUGAUGGCUGGCUGGGGCCAGAGCGAAGUGGUCAUCGAGAUUUAUGGUCUCGCUUUCCGUUCUGUUUAGGAUUGAGACAGCUCGUUGAGGCCAAGCCAGAUCUAUCAGCUACUGUUGUACCUGCUAUGUACAAAUUUGUGCACCUCAUGCAUUCAAUGUUGAAACAUGGUGGAGGCUUCUGGGACCAGUGGGGGCUUGUGAGAUACCCAGAUAUGAUCGCUACCCUGCAAUGGCUUCACGAGAAUCACCCUUCCAACCAAACAAACAGUACUCAAGUGCUCUUCGAGACGAUGCAUUACUUGCACAAACGUGGCUUCGAUUGGCCAGGCUACUGGACAAAAUCGAGUUACUUAUUUCGAGAUCUUGACACCAUCAAGCCUCCAAUCAAUGGAGACACCUUUCGAUUCAGGCACACGCAUGCAGUCAAUGUGGGCCAAGGGCUUUCUGCUGGCGCUGCACUAUAUCGCUUCACAAGAAACGAAAGCCUAUUAGAGGCUAAUCGGAGAGGUGUCAAUUGGACCUUCACCUACCACGGCGAUGUUGCUGGAAGUAUUAUCGGCGAUGAAAGGCAGUCCGGCCUAGGUCCGAAUCGUGGCUCGGAAUUGUGCACUACUGUGGAGACCAUGUACUCGCUAUCUUACCUUUACCAAGUUAUGGGAGAUCGCGAAUUUGCGGACCGGUGCGAGUUGGCUGCUUUUAAUUCAUUAGCUGUCGCCGUGACCCCUGACCACUGGGCCCGUGCCUACCUCAAUGCUGCAAACGAACCGAUGGCGACUCGUAUAUUAGGAAGAAGAAUUUUCUGGAACACAGGCCCAGAAUCAUUGGUUUUCGGUACGGAUACAAAUUACCCAUGCUGUACAGUCAACUUACCACAAGGACUCCCAAAAUUUCUCUCGACUUCAUUCGUCCGUGUCGGUGAAAAUGGGCUAGGUCACGCCAUACUUAGCCCUGCUGCUGUGAGCGCAACAACAAAGUCAGGCUCAGCUGUCAACAUUUCUUGCAGUACCAACUAUCCCUUUGGCCACUCUCUCAGGUACGCGGUAGAUGUGUCGAAGUCGUUCGAUCUUCACUUACGGGUUCCCUCGUGGGCACAACCUGACUCUGAUAUCUCGGUCGAUGCCUCUGCUCCGGCCCCGCUUUUUCCUGACUCGCAUACUGGAAUGACAACAAUAAGUCUUGACGCUGGCGCCCACGAGCUCGUCUACAACCUGAGGGCUGACUUGCGCAUCAUACCAAGAGGCAAUGGCUCAGUCACAGUCUAUCACGGUGCGCUCCUCUACGCGCUCGAUAUUGGCCAAGAUACUGAGGUCGUGGCGACUUCGCUGGCUGAAAAUGAGAAUCUAACAUAUUCCGUAUUUGAUCAAGAACCAAUUCUGCCCAAGGAAGUACAAACAAUUGAGGUAUCGAAUACAAAGGCAUGGAACAUCGGUAUCGAUCCGGAUACACUCAGUUUCCACUACACAAAUGAGGAAAAGGAGCUCCCCAAUCCUAUAUACGAUUAUCACGCGCCACCAUCACAUGUUACUGGCAAGGGUUGUCAAGUUGCAUGGACAAUGAAGAUGGGUCUGCCUGCGGCUCUGCCAGAAUUGCCGAGGGGCCAAACGAAGCGCAAAUGUGAAGGUGGCAUUGUAGAUGUAAUAUUGAGACCCUAUGGGAGUCUCAAGGUUCAUAUGGCAGAAUUGCCAGUGGUCGAUCUACGGACCGCACCUGAUUAUGACGAACAACCGUAA